AACGGUGAUAAAAUUAUAAGAACAUUAUGUUAGCAUAUGGUAAAUAUAAUCUUGAAUAAUAUAAAAGACUUAACGCUUAUAUGCAAUCUAUAGGUAAAAACAAGACGUGUCUGACAUAUUAAAGGACAAAUUCCAACAAGAUUUAUUUCAAUAGACAGUUUUGUUUCGUUUGCGUACAUUUAGAGUUAGAGUAUAUUUCCAGAGUUAGAAAUGCUGGUAUACAAAGUCUUUCUGAGUGUUCUUGUUGCGGCUGCUGUGAUAACAGAAUGCUAUACUAUUAGCUUUAGUGAACCUAUUUCAACUGGAACAGUACAUGGAGAAAAAAUAAAGUUCUGCGAGUACAAACUGACAAAGAUGCUGCCUAAAUCAAAGAUACUUGAUGCCGAAGCGUGUCUAACAUGUUCAUGUAACAAAAAAAGUUUGAAAUGCAAAGAUUAUGAUAAAAUACCUGGUUGUAAAUUGAUGCCAGGAGGAUUAUUGACUCAGAACCCAUUUGACAAAAAAUGGAUAGUUAUGAUUGAUAUGUUAAUUAAGAGUAUAUAUGUGGGUAAAUACCGGGUACUACAAGUAAGAACGCAGGUAAAUGUGUCUUUUUCAUAGUUAUAGUUAGUUAUU